CCUCCUUCAGUGGACGAAUGUGAAAAUGCCUGGUGCUCCCAACGCACCGCGUCGCCUGUUUGAGUGUCUGAGCGUGCUGUUUGUGUGAGAAGCUUUCUGAGUCACCGAAUGUGUUUUGGCUCGAUGCUGGUUUAGCUGCUUUAGCGCUGCUGCUGGAGUCCUAGACAGAAGCUGUCGAGGAAUCAGAGCUACACGCAGAUCCCACCGAAGACUGUGUAAUGUGAUUGCCUAUGCGGUUUUGCUUGCCCCAAGGAAUAAGCGUCCAAGUUCAGGAACUGAAAGCUCUGUCUUAUCAGGUGUUUUGAAGCAUAUUCUUAUCAGAGGGUUUGUGCCAUGGGGACCGAUCAGUCCUUCUUCAUCUGUCUCUUCCUUAUUGCUGCUGUCACCACAGAAGACCUGAAACCCACAAUACAAGCACGGAGCACCUCCGGACCUCGUCUGACUGGCUGCUUUUCCAGAGAGCUGAUGACAUUCCGUUGUCAAUGGAAUGCUGGUUCCUUCCAAAACCUCACUGAGCCGGGGGAUCUCAGACUUUUCUACAUGUUGGAGAAGGAUUCGAAAAAAGAUGAAGGUAAAUGGAGCGAGUGUCCAAGUUACAGUACCAUAAUAGAAAACGAGUGCUACUUCGAUGUUGUCCACACUGUUAUCUGGUACACUUACGCCAUUCAGCUGCGUUCACGGACACAAGAUGUUGUCUACGAUGAAAUGUUCUUCAGUGUGGAAGAUAUUGUAUUUCCAGACCCACCUGAAGGGCUGAACUGGACUUUAUUAAGCAUGGGCCCAACAGGCUUACUUUAUGAUGCGGUAGUGAGCUGGGAGCCACCAACCUCAGCAGCAGACAACGUGAAGAUUGGAUGGAUGUCGCUUCGGUACGAGACGCAGUAUAGAGAGAAGGGCUCAGAGCAGUGGAAAUCUCUAGACAAUGGGAAGGAGACCAAAGCGUACAUCUAUGGCCUUAACACCAGCACAGAGUAUGAGGUCAGGGUGAGGUCCAAAAUGCGAGGCUACAACUUUGGGGAAUUCAGUGACUCCAUCUUCAUACUGGUUGACAGCAAAGAACCAAGAGUCCCCUUAACUGCAAUGUUCAUUUUUGCUGUUGUUGGUAUUGGAAUCAUCUUGAUGCUGAUUGUGGUCUCACGUCAGCAGAAACUCAUGGUGAUUUUCUUGCCUCCUGUUCCUGGACCGAAAAUCAAAGGAAUUGACCCAGUCCUCCUACAGAAGGGUCAGCUGACUGAGUUCACCUCAAUCUUGGGCACCCACCCAGGCCUGCGACCAGAGUUAUACAGUAAUGACUCAUGGGUGGAGUUUAUAGAGGUGGACAUCGAUGAACCAAUUGAGACACUGGAAGGCUUUGAGACACCACUUCUCAUUGGCGAUUCUCCUGUCUCCGACUCCCCUCCCAUGUCAAGUGGUUUCCGGGAUGAUGACUCAGGUCGUGCCAGCUGCUGCGACCCUGAUCUAUCUGAUCACGACCAUACAGAUGUUCAUCAGCCCUCCACCAGUGGCCAUGAUGGUUUUCACACCUUGUCUCCUGUUAAUCCAGGAGCUCCACAGGAACCUGCUUGGCCAACCAGCCUCUAUUCUCAGGUGACUGAUGUCACCCCACGUGGCGAGGCAGUACUGUCCCCAGAGAAACAGAAUCAAAGUGACAGCUGCAGUAUCCAAGAUAAAGCUCAAAAGAAUGAGGAGAAUGAUAAAGGGAAGAAGCCCCAGUUGGUGGUUUUCUCUGAAGAAAGAGGUUACACUUCAGAGUUGAACACCUGUAAAAUCAGUGCACAAAACCCUGCAGGAGGACACAGUGAGCCAAGUUCAACCAAAGAAGAGCUACACCCUUCUGCAGAGCAAAGACACAGUCCGUUACAAGAGUACCUGAACCCCACUGUGGAACCAGAGGUAACACCAGUUGCUUCUCCUUUUCCUAUCCUUACCAUACCAACCCCUCCGGAAUACACCAUGGUUGAUGGUGUUGACUGGAAAAACAGUCUUCUUUUGAAACCAAACAACCCUGCACCCCAUCCCUUUGCUGUUGUGAAAUCUUUUCCAACUCCUGGGGGAUAUCUGACACCCGACCUACUACAAAGCAUUAGUCCACAAUAAAUGAAAGAUGUCUGUGCCUAGAAUAGCCCGGGAUCGGUUUUGGCGCAUGGAUGCAUUUGUUGUUGGGCAUGUAGAACAGUGUUGGCCAACACCAAACAAGAUGUUUGUCUUUCAAAAGUCAAAAAAAGUCCUCAUGUGGGAGCCGAGCAGAUUUCUCAUGCAGAAUGGUCUUAUUCAAACAUCUUGGCAAGCUGAACCUGAAAAUGUGAUGCACCUGUUUAGAUGGAAUUCUAAAGACUCAUUUUCUGAGUUUAAUUUUGUAGAUAUUGCAUAUUUUUUUAUUAUUGUUUACCACAUGGUAAACAUACAGCUGAUACCUGACUCUGACAUGGAAUUCUGUGCCUACUUAUUUGUAUGGGAAAAAUCUGCCUUAGCAAGAACUUUUCUUUGUGUAAUUCUGUAUUUAAUUCCUAAAUUCCUUUUUGGACUAAUGAAUUAUUACAAGGUUUGUGUUACUGCAUCUGUGUUUACAAUUUAACACUAUAUUGUUGUCAAGAGUAAGCCUUAACUAAUAUCCAUGGAAGUGGAGAUGCUUGAGUUAAGUUUAUGGUGGGUUGACAUUUAUGACAUUGUUUAGGCCUAUAACAGCAUAUAUUGAUAGGCUUUGGGACAUCAUUGUAUCUUUAUCUUCUCUACACUGAUGGAGGAAGUGACAUGUCUCUGUACGUGACUUGCUGCAAUGUACAUAAAUAUAUAUUUUUGAAUAAUAAAAUAUCAACAAAUAAGAAA